AUGGGUUUCUCCUCUAAUGUGUCCAACUUUUUCUAUGAGGCUAGAAUCAGGUCUUGGGAUAUCAUCCUGACGCUCCUCAACCUCGUGGAGAAGAAGCGUCGCAUCGGUGAUGUCACUCCCGAGGGCCACCCAGGUUACGGAAGGCACUGGCCCGAGUAUAGGGCUCCUGGGGAGACCGACUCUCGCUGCUCGUGCCCAGGACUCAAUGCACUAGCCAACCACGGCAUCAUUUCACGCAGUGGUCGUGGAAUAUCAUUUGUCGAGCUUGAUCGCCAUGUCCAGGGAACCUACAACAUCAGUUCUACCUUAUCCUCAUUUGUCGCGCACUAUGCUGCUCGGAUGCUUAAGAAAAGCUUCAACCAUGGUACCCUUGAUUUAGAAGAACUCGACAUGCACAACGGUAUUGAACAUGACGCAUCUCUCUUACGCCUCGACGCUGCUUUCCAACCUAACCAAUCGACGAAGCACGUACCUUAUAUUGAGGAGCUACUUGCGGCAGCUUCCAACAAGGACAAGGAUGGCAAUGAUGUCAUUAACGUUAAGGAUCUUUCUAAGCUGCUCGGCAAGCGUCGUGCAGUCUCACGUGCAGUAAACAAGGAGUUUACGCUUAAACUUUUCCACAAGUUAUUUGGUUGCGCAAAUGCCUCGCUGUUACUCUCGACCAUGGGAGGUCGUGUGGAUGACCUACACAGCUUUCUUCUCAAUGAACAGCUUCCACAAGGCUGGGAGUCGCGCGUCCGCGAUUCUCACGGACUGACCCUGAUAAACUUCAACAAGCUUGCACUGAAAAUCGAGCUCGGCGUGCACGAGAAGGACUGGGACGCAAGUAGCACAGCAGGCUGCAGAACACGGUGGUCCUGUUUGAAAUGA